AUGAACCCAGCCGGAAACCCAGCUCAGGCUCAGCCAAAGGAGGACUACGGUGACAAGGGUCUCGACUUCCUCGAGAAGAAGGGCGGCCAGGACCCAAACAAGUUGCGCUCUGUCAACGAGAAAGUCACCGACACGGCCCGCGGCAUGUUCGAGAAGGCCACUGGCAAGAAGGUCCCCGACAAGGUCUCCAACUAG